AUGGCAGUGAAUACCAGACAGAGACUAGUCCAGUACUUAGGGGAGCUGAAGAAAGAGGAGCUGAAGACGUUUAAGCUGCUGUUGCAAAAUUAUCUUCUAGGAAAAGAAUUUUUAAAAGAAAAACAUCAGAACCGGCUAGACAAAGCUGGUCACACUAAAGUGGCCUCCAUUAUGGUCAAUCUCUUUGAUGAGCAGAGAGUAUGGGAUGUUGUGAUCAGAAUCUGGGAGAAGAUGGGAUUGAAGGAGAUGUGUGAAAAAGCAAAGGCUGAGGAUCCUCUGAUAGGUAACAGAAGAAAAUAUAUAAACAGAAUGAGAGAGAAAUUCAGCCUCACUUGGGAUGGUAGCUCUUGUCUCAAAAACCUUAGAGACUUACACAAGGAAUUCAUAUCCCUUCUGCUUCUGUGUAAAUCCAGAGAAGCUGAGAAUAUAUCCAUGGGAAAUAGAUAUAACUCAGUCAUGACAAAGCAAGCACACAUAAUUGACAUGCCAGCAUUAUUUGGGCCUGAUAAGAGGAAACAUGGUCCACAGACUGUUGUGCUACAUGGUACUUCUGGAAUUGGCAAAACAAUACUGACCAGAAAGAUAAUGCUAGACUGGGCAGAGGGAGACCUCUUUCAGGACAGGUUUCAGAAUGUUUUUUAUCUGAACUGCAGAACACUAAACCUUAUGUUAGAGAUGAGUUUAACUGAUCUGAUUUUCAAAGAUUGGCCAGACCCCCAAGCCAUAGAGCUAAUUAUGUCCAAGCCAAAAGCACUCCUUUUUAUUAUUGAUGGUUUUGAUGAACUGAAGUGGCCCUUUGAGGAACCUAAAUCUGAACUAUGUCAACACUGGAAGGAGAAGCAUCCAGUGUCUAUACUCCUGGGCAGUUUACUAAGGAAAACAAUGUUUCCCAAGUCAUCCUUACUGAUCACUACACAGCCCUCAGCUAUGGGGAGGCUCAAGGCCUUAGUAGAAAAUCCACAUUGUGUAGAGAUCCUGGGAUUCACUGAAGCUAAUAUUGAAAUGUAUAUCUCUAAGUUUUUCCGAAAUGAAGCUAAGGUGCUAAAAGCCCUCAGUGUGAUAAAAACAAAUGACACUCUGUUGAAUAUGUGUUCUGUCCCCCUGGAGUGUUGGAUUUUCUGCACUUGCCUGAACCAGCAGAUAGAAAGAGGAGAAGAACCCAUGUCGAUUCCCCAAACCACCACAGCUCUCUACCUGUCUUAUCUUUCUUUUGGAUUAUCUAAUGAUGGGAGCUAUCCAAGUCAGCACCAUGACACCCGACUGAGAGGCCUGUGUUCUUUGGCUGCAGAGAAAUUCUGGGAUGGGAAGCUCACAUUUGACGGAGAUGACCUCAAACGACAUGGGUUAGAUGCAUCUGAUGACUCUGCUUUCCUGGGCAUGUACAUUCUUGAGAAAAAGAAUGACUAUAAAAACUGCUACAAUUUCAUUCACAGGAGAUUCCUGGAAUUUUUUGCUGCCAUGUUUUAUGUACUGGAGGAAGAGAAGGAAAGAAGAGAUGACUCUGUCUUUGCUGUGAGGGGUAUGAAAGAGCUACUGGAACAGUACAGAGAUUCUGGCACAGAGGUUUUCAUAGUGCGCUUCCUUUUUGGCCUACUGAAUGAAGAGACUGUGAGAGAGCUGAAGAGGAAUUUCACUUGCCCAAUGUCAGAAAGAGUGAAGGCAGAAUUACUACAAUGGAUGAUUGUACAAAGCAAUAUACAGAGGACUAUGAAUCCUCUCCUGCCCCAAGAUCCUUUGGAAAUGUUUCACUGUUUAUAUGAGAUUCAGAAUGAGGCAUUGGUUAAGAAGGCAAUGGAAUAUUUCCCAAGAAUAAGGUUAUCUCUUCACACACAAAAGGAUGUUCUUGUCUCUAUAUUCUGCAUUAAGUUAUGCUACAGUGUGGAGAGAAUGUGGCUGCAUGUCAGUCAAACUUUGGCUCUGAUGUACAGUUCUCCUCUCAUCCUCAGUCGAUGGCAGGAGCUUAUCUCCAUACUUAGCAACAAGCAGAGCCUGAAGGAAUUGCAGCUAAGUGGCAGUUUCCUGGAUGACAGAUCAAUGAAGAUAUUUUAUAAAGAGCUAAGACACCCCAACUGUAAACUGCAGACACUGAGGCUCCAUAUGGCUGAAUUAAGCGAAGACAUGAAAAAAGAGUUUGAGGCCCUGCUGAAGAUAAAGCCUUCCAUGGAAAUUCUAGAGACUACUCCUGAUAUUGACGUGAAAGAAAAGGAAUGUCAUAAUUCCUCACAGGAGCAUCCGAGUUCCAGGCCGGGGGAAAUAGCCCCAGGAACAAAACCAGAAGUGACUUCCUCUUUAUCCCCUUUUGACCGUUUAAAAGAUGAGCAGUUAGAUCUGGAGAGGUGCCACAAUAAAUUCUUGGGACCAAACGGACCAGUAAAGCUUGAAUUGAUAGACAAGAACAGAAACAUAUACAGAGUUCAUUUCCCCAUGGCCGGCUUCUACCACUGGCCUGACACUGGACUUGGUUUUUCUGUGAGAAGUGAGGUGACUGUUGACAUUGAAUUUGGUUCCUGGAAUCAGCAUCUGGAUUGGACUCAGAAGCAAAGCUGGAUGAUUGCUGGCCCUCUAUUUCAUAUCACAGUUGAUCCUGAAGUUGUGACUUCUGUGCAUCUCCCUCAUUUUGUGUCCCUCCAAGGAGGAAAUUUUGAUGUCUCCUUGUUCAAAAUUGCCCACUUUAAAGAGGAGGGUAUGGUCCUAGAGAAUCCAACGAGAGUGGAGUCAUCCCAUGCCAUCCUGGAAAACCCUAGCUUCUCUUCCAUGGGAAUUCUGCUGAGAAUUAUGCAUACUACCUUUAAAUUCAUUCCCAUUUAUUCCACUACUCUGAUAUACUGCCAUCUUGGGGCUGAAGACAUCACACUCCACCUGUAUCUGAUCCCCAGUGACUGUACAAUAAAGAAGGCUAUAGACGAAGAAGAAGCAAAGUUCCACUUUUUACGCUUGCAUAAGCCAUCUCCAGUAACCCCACUUUACAUUGGCUCUCGUUUCUUAGUAUCUGGAUCAAAACACUUGGAAAUAAUGCCUGCAGAACUAGAACUCUGCUACCAGAGUGCUGGGGAGUGUCAGUUUUUCUCUGAGAUUUAUUCCAGCAACCUGAAGGAGAAAAUCAGUUUGGAUCUGAGACACCUAAAUGGGACCCUGGUGUGGGAAACACUGGUGAGAUCAGGAGAUCUUGGACUUGCUCGUGCCCCAGUCUCUUCAGCUCCCACAGGACGUCACUUUGUGGACCAACACAGGGAUCAGAUAAUUUCUCGGGUAACAUCAGUGGACGUGAUCCUCGACAAACUUUACAGCCAGUUCCUCAGUAAUGAGGAGUAUGAGCACAUACGGGCAGAGAAAACUAACCCCGAUAAAAUGAGACGACUGUUUAGUUUUAGCAUAUCUUGGGACAGGAACUACAGAGACCAUUUGUAUGAGGUCCUAAAAGAGACACAUCCUCACCUAAUUAAUGAAAUACAGAAUACUGAAAAGGCAUCAGUGAAAAAGCCACUGGGGGCUAAUGACAUUGCCACUUCUCCUUAUAAGCUAAAUUAG